CGAGCGGCGGCGGCGCCCCGGGCCUCGGCGGCUCCCCUGCCUGCGCGCUGCUCCUGCUCUGCUACCUGAAUUUUGUACCGGCUUCAGGCAGGCAGACCUCCCUGACCACGUCCAUGAUCCCCAAAGCCGAGCAGAGCGUGGCUUACACCGACUUCAUUUACUUCACCGUCUUCGAAGGGCAUGUUGGCAACAUCUCAGAAGUCUCCGUGCAGUAUUUGUGCUCCCAGCCCUGUGUGGUCAACCUGGAGGCCGUAGUCUCGUCGGACUUCCGAAGCAGCAUUCCCGUGUACAAGAAAAGGUGGAAGAACGAGAAACAUCUCCACAUCAGCAGGACGCAAAUAGUGCGUGUGAAAUUCCCGAGCAUCAUGGUUUACAGGGAUGAUUAUUUCAUCCGACACUCCAUUUCCGUGUCCGCUGUGAUACUGCGCGCCUGGAUUACUCACAAAUACAGUGGUGGAGAUGUGGAUGUGAAGUGGGAGGAGAACUUGCUACGCGCUGUGGCGAAGAAUUACACUCUGCUCAAGACGGUCCCGCCUUUCCAGCGCCCCUUCAAAGACCAUCAAGUGUGCCUGGAGUGGAACACGGAUUAUAUUUGGAACCUACGGGCAAACAAGAUUCCCCAGUGUCCUCUGGAAAGCGAUGUUGUCUCCCUCCUUGGCUUCUUCUACGCCUCCAGUGGGGAAAACACAGGUGUCGUGAAGAAGUUCCCGAGGUUUCAGAACCGGGAACUGGAAGCCACCCGCCGCCAGCGCGUAGAUUAUCCCCUGUUUACCGUUUCACUCUGGCUUUACUUGCUGCAUUAUUGCAAGGCGAAUCUCUGUGGGAUUCUGUAUUUUGUAGAUUCUCACGAGAUGUACGGCACACCGUCUGUGUUUCUGACUGAAGAGGGCAACUUGCAUAUUCAAAUGCAUCUUAUCAAAGGAGAAGACCUUGCUGUGAAAACAAAAUUCAUGAUCCCUUUGAAGGAGUGGUUUCGGCUGGAUAUUUCUUUCCAUGGAGGCCAGAUAGUAGUAACCACCAGCAUCGGGCAGGAUUUGAAAAGCUAUCAUAAUCAAACCAUUAGCUUCCGGGAGGACUUCCAUUACAACGACACUGCUGGGUACUUUAUUGUUGGAGGGAGCAGGUACGUGGCCGGCAUUGAGGGGUUCUUUGGGCCUCUGAAGUACUAUCGCCUCCGCACUCUGGACCCUGCCCAGAUUUUUAACCCCCUCCUUGAGAAGCAACUUGCUGAACAAAUCGAAUUAUAUUACGAAAGGUGUGCUGAGGUUCGAGAACUAGUGUCUGGGUACGCCGCCACGGUACGGCAAGGCGGCGAGAGGGAGAAGACAUGUGGCCUCCAGAACUCCUACCUGGACCUGACGCACAGGUACGGUAGACCCUCCACAUGCAGAGCCUUUCCAGGGGAGAAGGAGCUGAAAGACAGGCACCCCAGCGUGUUCCAGGCCUUGCUGGAGACGGAUCUGCGGACAGUGCCAAGAAAUGCAGGCGAAUUCAUGUUAGAAGUCGGUGGGAGGAUAUUUGAGAAGGCUGUAAAGAGACUCUCCGGCGUUGAUGGGCUUCACCAGAUUAGCUCUGUCGUCCCCUUCCUGGCGGACUCCAGCUGCUGUGGACACCAUAAAGCGUCCUACUACCUCACAGUCCUUUACGAGACGGGAUUAAAUGUACCCCAGGACCAGCUGCAGGGCAUGCUGUACAGUUUGGUUGGGGGACAAGGCAGUGAGAGGUUAUCAUCAAUGAAUCUGGGGUACAAACACUACCAGGGCAUUGACUCCUACCCCCUGGACUGGGAGCUGUCUUACGCCUACUACAGCAACAUUGCCAUGAAGACACCCCUUGACCAGCACACGCUACAAGGAGACCAGGCGUAUGUUGAAAUGAUUCGGCUGAAAGAUGAUGAAAUACUCAAAGUCCAAACCAAAGAAGGUGGAGACGUCUUCAUGUGGUUGAAGCAUGAAGCAACCCGGGGGAACGCAGCCGCUCAGCAACGAUUGGCCCAGAUGCUGUUCUGGGGACAGCAAGGCGUGGCCAAGAACCCCGAAGCAGCCGUAGAGUGGUACGCCAAGGGCGCGCUGGAAACAGAGGAUCCCGCAUUAAUAUAUGACUACGCCAUUGUGCUAUUCAAGGGUCAAGGAGUGAAAAAGAACAGACGCCUCGCUUUGGAGCUGAUGAAGAAGGCAGCUUCCAAGGGGUUGCAUCAGGCCGUCAAUGGCCUAGGAUGGUAUUACCACAAAUUCAAGAAGAAUUAUGCCAAGGCAGCCAAGUACUGGUUGAAAGCAGAGGAGAUGGGAAACCCAGAUGCCUCAUAUAAUCUCGGAGUCCUCUACUUGGAUGGCAUCUUUCCGGGCAUCCCUGGGAGGAAUCAGACGCUGGCGGGUGAAUAUUUCCAUAAGGCAGCCCAAGGCGGACACAUCGAAGGGACACUGUGGUGUUCUCUGUACUACAUCACGGGCAACCUGGACACGUUCCCGAGGGAUCCCGAGAAGGCUGUUGUGUGGGCGAAGCAUGUAGCUGAGAAGAAUGGCUACUUGGGCCAUGUCAUCCGCAAAGGCCUCAAUGCCUACCUGGAAGGCUCGUGGCACGAAGCUUUGCUGUAUUAUGUCUUAGCCGCAGAAACUGGAAUUGAAGUGUCACAGACAAAUUUAGCGCACAUCUGUGAGGAGAGGCCAGACCUGGCCCGGAGAUUCUUGGGUGUUAAUUGUGUUUGGCGAUACUAUAAUUUCUCUGUUUUUCAAAUCGAUGCGCCUUCAUUUGCAUAUUUGAAAAUGGGAGACCUGUACUACUAUGGCCACCAAAACCAGUCCCAAGACCUAGAGUUGUCUGUGCAGAUGUACGCCCAAGCUGCGUUGGAUGGAGACUCCCAGGGAUUUUUCAACCUGGCGCUGCUCAUCGAGGAAGGUGCUAUAAUUCCACACCAUAUUUUAGACUUCUUGGAAAUUGACCCAAGCAUUCAUUCCAGUAAUUUCUCCAUCCUCCGGGAACUGUAUGAAAGGUGCUGGAGCCACAGUACGGAGGAGACCUUCAGCCCCUGCUCGCUGGCCUGGCUGUACCUUCACUGGCGACUGUUUUGGGGUGCCCUCCUGCACUCUGCUCUGAUCUACUUUCUGGGGACCUUCCUGUUGUCCGUACUGAUUGCCUGGAGCGUGCAGUAUGUCCAGUCUGCCUCAGCCAGCCGUUCUUCUCCACCACCAGCCCGGACCUCCCCAGACCCCGCCGCUUCCACUUCCAGUCCAGCUGUGCCACCUGCUGCAGAUGCCUCGGAUCAGGGCCAGCCCGCGGUCACUAACAGCCCAGAGCCUCGGGGGUGA